UUGAGGUCUGUAUUUACUCGCGCGCGCGUGUUGAUGAUGGCAGUCUCCGGUGACAGCAUGCAGAACAUAAACAACACACUUAGUGAAAUAACCUGUGAAAAACUUACAAACACGCAUCUCGAAGCUUUACAAACCCUGACGAGCGCUUUCCGAGAUGAGCAGUUCAGAGGCAGUGUUGACAGGGAGGUUUUUGGAAAUCUGUCUGCGGUGCUGUCAAGGCUUUCUGUGGAUGUCCAACGUUUGACAGAUGAGACAGAAUCACAGGAAGAAGCAGCAGCAUCUCUGUGCUUUAAACUUACAGCAGAGUGUUUCAGAGCACACAGAAAUGCCUGCGUUCAAUGCACUCAAAACCAGUGCAGUCUGAGAGAUCUAGGCUCUAUCAAGCGGUCUUUUGAGAUUUUAUCCAAUCUCAUCAAGAUUUCAUCAAGAGGUUCAAAUGACAUUUAUGACGCGCUUCGAUGUGGGAUUCAGUUUCUUGGUAACAUUGCUGUAGGAAACCAGCUCUGCAAAGAUGACAUCUGGGAGUUUGGUUUCCCACAUAUCUUUUGGGAUAUUUUGCAGCUCCCCGAUGAGAAAUCUGUUUCAUACGCGUGUAUGGUGAUCCACACUUGUCUGGAUGAACACAAGACGGAGCAGUUUGUUAAAGAUACACAAUGGCUUAAACUGCCUCUCAAGAUCAUGGACUUGUGCAGGACUUUGCCUGAUCUCGACUGGACGGUCUUUAUUGUCACACAGCAUUUCCUCAAGUCUACAGGGCUCAUUAGGAAGAUGUACACCGAGAUGAGCAAUGAAGAAAGGCUCACACUACUGGAGCUGAUAUUAGCACAGCUUGGUGUUGUUGAAGAGCAGAAGGACUGUAUGAUGCCUCUGAGUGCUGCUCAGUUUCUGGCUUCUUGCUUCACCGAUCACGGCAAAGCUGUUCUCAGUCUGAGCUCUGAAGCAUCCGAUGACCAGGCAGCAUUGGUUGUCAUCUGGCUUUUAGACAUCCUUUGCGAGAUGACCUCUGACCGAAAAGAGUUUAUGGCACUACAGGAUCACCCUGACCUUCUGAGCGCCACAGUCGAUCUCCUGAAAGAGAUUCACUUGCUGGGCAAAAACAGUAGAAAUGUGUUCACUGCAGCACAUGAUUUUACUUUGUCAAGGCCAGAGGGCGCCGAGACCCACCCGGUCCUCAGUUUCAAAGCCCAUCUCAUUCGUCUGAUUGGGAACCUGUGUCACGGACAUGUUGUCAACCAAGACAAGGUUAGAGAAAUGGAUGGUAUAGCUCUCAUUCUGGACAACUGCAGCAUUGACAGCAACAAUCCCUUCAUAAGCCAAUGGGCUGUAUUCGCCAUCCGGAACAUCCUGGAGCACAACCUGGAAAAUCAGAAGCUGAUUCAAGGCCUUCGGAGACAAGGUUUGGCAGACGACACAAUGCUCAGAGACAUGGGCUUCAGGGUGGAAGAAAGGGAUGGCAGUUUGCUCCUCAGGCCACUAAAAAAGGACCCAUAGCUUAGCUGCCCUGGGAUGCCUACCCCCACACUAUAUUACUCUCUUGAGAUGCCUUUAAAACACCCACAGAACACACUCGGGUCAUUAAACAUCCAAUCAGUAGUUUUGGGAGCAUGAGAGGGAGGGCUGGGUUUUUGUGUUCUCUAUACAAGUAGAUCAAUCAGAGGAGCUUAUCUUAGAGGACUCAUGCUGAUGUCUGGGAUGCAUUUAGGGGUCUUUGAUUUCAACCUCUCCCCCACAUCCCAAAUUGGGAUUCAAAUCCUAUGGAACAAGGAGAACCAUGUCUUCAUGGCUUUUCAGACACGAAAGAGACUUUGAUGACCAACGGGGAGUAGAGGUUAAUCCCUAAUUCAGUACAUUUUGUAGAGAGCAGUAUGCCUCUUGAUCUGUACACAUAAAGUUGUGUGGAUGGAGGUUAUGGUAUGUUAAAACUGUAUGUUUAAUGCAUUCAUAUAAUGCAAUUAUUAUAAUAAAGUAACAAUUAGAAGAGUUAA